AUUCAUAGGCAAUGACACAUGCCAAACUGAAUGCUUUUUCACAAAAAUCAAUAUCUAUUUAUCAAGAUAUAUGCCAACAUUUGAUGAAUAGUUAGUUGCGAAUGUAAUCAUCACCCAAUUCCUUCUAUUCCACUGUGUUAUUCUGUUCUUAGGUGCACUGAAUCCUUCUCCUUUUGGCGUGCAGUAGAUCCAAAUAGUAAAAGCAUAACAAUUUCCAUAUUGCACAUACACAACCAGACGCGUACCCAAAAGACUCAAUUUCUCCAAAGUCAUCUCCCUUCUUUGCUUUUCUGGAUUUUCUCACCGGAAAUCAGCUGCUUUCUUCCCGGCUAUCAAUUGCCUCCUCUGCAUCUCCUUUUUCAGCAGCUCCACCAUCUUCAUCAUCAACUUCUCAGGUUGUAAGCUUGGUGCUUCUCAAUUAGUGGGCUCCUUUGUUUCCGGAUUUCAAUGGCCUCCUCUUCAACUUCAUCAGCUCAACCAUCGUCAUCAUCGACUGCUCGUCCUUGGAAGUACGACGUGUUUCUGAGUUUCAGGGGUCCCGACACUCGGAGGGGAGUUGUAUCUCAAUUACAUGAUCGGCUGUUGUUUAGAGGAAUUAAAACAUUCAUGGAUGAUCCAGAUCUUCAAGUAGGGGAAUCUAUUUCUCCCACUCUCCUAAAGGCAAUCGAGGAAUCAAGGUUUGCAAUUGUCGUUCUCUCUCCAAACUAUGCCUCUUCUCCUUGGUGUUUGGACGAACUUGCAAAGAUCUGUGAGUGCAUGAAAGACCAGAACAUAAUUCUCCCGGUUUUCUAUGAUGUAGAACCCUCUGAUGUACGGCACAGGAAGAGAAGUUUCGAAAAGGCCUUCAAGGAGCAUGAAAGCUCUAGGCGACACACAGACAAGGUGCAGCGGUGGAAAGAAGCUUUAAAGAAAGUGGCUAGUUUCUCUGGUUGGGAUAUGAAGAAUUACAAGACUGAUGGAGAACUUGUCGAGAAAAUUGUGGAUUUUGUGCGCGAAAGAAUUCAACCUUGUGGAAUAAUUCAGGUCUUAUUGUCCACCAGAGAUUUUGAAGAAUUUGAAUCAAGAUGGGAGGCUACAAAUAAAGUUAUGGAGGCACUUUCAGAUGCUGAGGUCACUGCCAUCGGGGUCUACGGUAUGGGAGGGGUGGGCAAGACAACCCUGGUCAAACGUGUCGGUUCACUUGCACACCAGAAUGGAGUUCUUAGCCUUGUAAUUCUUGCCCCCAUAUCCCAAAUCCCGAACUUCAAAGAGAUUCAACAGACAUUGGCAGAGCAGCUGGGCUUUAAAUUCCAGUUGGAGACAGAAGAAAUUACAAGAGCAGCUGAAUUGCAUGAAAAGAUUAUGAGCAAAACUAAAAUCCUUAUAAUCCUAGACGACAUCUGGGAAAGGAUAGAUUUGUCAAGAAUUGGAAUUCCUAGCUAUGAGGAGCUCAAAAAAUGCAACUCUAAAGUCUUAUUUACUACGAGAAGGUUGCAUGUUUGUAAUACAUUGAAGAGCCAAACAAGCAUUCAUCUCAAGAUCUUAUCAGAACAAGAAUCCUGGAAGUUGUUCGUCAAAAGUGCAGGAAGGUCUUUUGAAUCCCCCAACUUUGAAAAUGUAGCGAGGAAGGUAGCUCGAGAAUGUAGGGGUCUACCGAUUGCAUUGAUAGCAGUUGCAAGGGCACUCAGAGAUAAAGAGUUGGAAGAAUGGAAUAAAGCAUCUCGAAGACUAGAGAAGUCACAAUCUCCAACCGUCGAUGACAAGCCAGAUGCCUAUGUCGUAAUAAGGUUCAGCUAUGAUUAUUUGAAAGAUGAAGACCACAAGUCAUGUUUCUUGCUCUGUUGCCUAUUCCCAGAAGAUUAUGAAAUAGAAAUAGAAGAGUUGUUCAGGUAUGUAGUCGGAACAAAAUUCUAUCGGGAGGCCGAAACAAUGGAAGAAGCCAGAGGCACCUUUGUUUCAAUAGUCAAGUACCUGAAAGACUCUAGCUUGCUUUUGGAUGGCAGGAGAAAUGGAUGUGUAAAGAUGCAUGAUGUCAUCCGGGAUACAGCCAUUCAUAUCGCGACAUCCGAACGUGGGUUUUGGGUGAAAGCUGGCAUUGGUUUAGAGUGUUGGCCGCGCGGACUAGAUCAAGGCUGCACUGCUAUUUCACUUAUGAGUAACGAAAUUAGCAAGCUACCCAAAGAAGAGUUGGUAUGUCCGCAUCUCCUUAUUUUGUUACUAAAUGAAAAUUAUGAUUUAGAUGAGAUCCCAGAAUCAUUCAUUAAAAGUCUAAAUGAAUUAAGGAUCUUGGAUGUCAGCCGCACUAGUAUUUACGUAUUACCCCAAUCAUUCCGUCUCUUGACCAAUCUCCAAGCUUUGUAUUUAGAUGGUUGCUUCAAAUUGAUUGACAUUUCCAUAGUGGGGAAACUUCAGAAGCUUGAAAUUCUUAAUGUGAGCUCUCUCGAGGAAUUGCCGAGAGAAAUAGGACAUUUGACCAAUCUAAGGAUUUUAAAUGUCUGGAGUUGUAUGACGAUCACAAUUCCAUGUGGAGUGAUAUCAAAAUUGCAUAAAUUAGAAGAACUGUAUCUGGGGCGCUGUGAACUUAAGAGCUGGGGGAUACGAGAAGAAAGCAUGAUUGUGUUCGGUGAGAUAGCUGGUUUAUCAAAUUUGAAAACAUUGCAUGUCCGCAUAGCUCAUCACAAAUGCAUCCCUAACUAUGUUGAAGCCAAACCAGAUUGGGAUUACUUUUCUAUAAUCAUCGGCGGGACCAUAGAUGACUAUUAUAUAUACGAAUCAAGAGAUCGGAAUUCAAGAUCAUUGAUUCUGCGUGGAGCAAGCAUAAGCAUGUUACCUGAUUGGUUUAUCAACGCGGUGGCAAACAAAGUAGAGAAGCUAGAGUAUGAAGACUCCUCCGGAGGAUCCCUUGUUAUGGAGAAUCCCUUGCUAUGGAGGUUACAUGAGCUCAAGGUUCUCAAAGUAUAUGGGGGUAAAAAGGAUGAUGACGACGGUCAUGAAGACCGGGAAGAAUCGGUCAACACAACAGAUCGGGUUCAAAAGGGACCACUAUUUCUGAAGUUGGAAAACUUGUAUCCGGAGGAAUUGUGGGUUGGUGAUUUACCAAAUGGGUCUCUGGUUAAUCUGGAGGUACUGAAGAUACUUACUUGUGCGGUGAAAAAUGUAUCAAAAUUUGUACAAAGUUUGCCAAGUCUGGAGGAAUUAACUUUAUCCCGCGUGAAGCAACUGGAAUCUGUGUUUGGAUGCCAAGGGUGUGAGCUGAAAGAAUCAAAACUGAGAGAGGUGUCAUUGUCGUACCUAUAUUCAAUGAAGAGCCUUUGUAGUGGUCCUGCCCCACGCGUGAUGUUCCAGAGUAUUAAAAUUCUUACCAUCGGCGGUUGUGGGCUGCUGCAAAGUGUGUUCGCAUCUGAUGUAGCCCAAUGUCUCUCUCAAUUGGAAGACCUUACUGUAUGGGACUGCCGCUCGUUGGAAAGAGUAAUUGAAGAAGUGAAGAAAGAGAAGACGGCUCUACCAAAAUUGAAGAUCUUGGGUUUGCAGGAACUUCCUAAGUUGUAUGGUGCAAGCAGCGGUACUGUUGAUAUCAAGUGUCCUUCAUUGGAACACGCCGUCGUGCUGGAUUGCCCCCAUCUUCCGUUCUCAAUCUCUUCUUACGACUACUCCUUGAAAUCCUCAUUAAGCCGGGACUUGUUUUCAGCCUCCGCUUCUGACUACUUUGGAAGUUGAUGUGACCCCUUCGUCGGAUCUGCUCGUCGGCGGCGGCGGUCUCUGGUGGCGGGUAGAGUUUGUGGUGCUGCUGCGUCUUACGACUUUCUUCAUAGCCCAAGGCAGGGAGAUUUGACGAAAGAGAUCCGAUCGGGUUGCAGGUGGCGGUGCUCAGUUGUUGAGUUUCAAACAGGGUACCUGUGGCUGCAAAUCCAAUUGAUCUAAUUGAAACUUUGCUGGAUCGUGACUUUCAAAAUAACCAAAGUCAGCCGUUAUAGGAACCUUGGUGAGUGAAGAGAUCAGUAGACAUGCUCGAUCGGGACGGCAUUCAACUCUUGCCACUGAUGCCACCAUGUAACUCCUUUCUACGCUAUGAGUUAUGAAGUCUAAGUUGAUGGGGAGCACAUGUACCGGUCAUGCUGAUGUGCAAUAAUGUUCCAAACUUGUAGAUGUUUGUUCAUCCCCAAUUAAGCAAGUCUUUUGGCCUUAGCUCGGAUGGGCUAUCCACAUUCGUUCAUGUUGCCAUGCUUGCUAUUUUUGUUCAUUGGUUAUUAGUAGAAGGAAAUCUCACAGCUAUGGUUACUGCUCCUUCUCAUGGAUAGGCUUCCAUAAUGUCCAAGUUGCCCUUCCUACAGUUUUAGGAUUGGUACCUAGUCAACGAACAUGGUCAGAGUUUGCACGGUUUGGUGGGGAGUCCGUUUUAUGUAGCGCCUGAGGUACUUGCCGGGGGCUAUAACCCGGCUACUGAUGUUUGGAGUGCAGGGGUAAUUCUUUACAUUCUUCUGAGUGGAAUGCCACCAUUUUAGGGGGAAGACAAAGUCGAGUAUAGUUGAUGCUGUUAGGACAGCUGAUCUGAGAUUCCCAUCUGAUCCCUGGGAUGGCAUUACUGAAUCAGCUAAUGAUCUGAUUCGAGGAAUGCUCUGCAAAGAUCCAUCUAAAAGGCUCACCGCUCACCAAGUCUUAGGUAGGUUAAACAAUGAUUGCAGUAACAGAAAGUGCUAAAAUGCUAGCAGACUAUUGCUUUUCAAUACAGUUUUCCCAUUUUGGGUUCCAGUUGCAUAUUUGAUCUGUGGGAGGGGGUCACUCAAAAUUGUAUAUUCUCAUAAAGUUCAUCAAGAUAAGGUAAUAAUGUAAUCUAGUGUUAAUUUUUAGCA